AUGACUCAUCUAAAUCAGCCCAGCACUACUGUACAGGACGAAAAAGAUCUUGAGAUCAAUCAUGUUGAAGCGGUCAACGACGCGCGACAUGCACUUGAUGACAAGUAUCUAAGUCAUGCUGAGGAUGACGCAGCAAGAAUCCUUCGGGAGAAUGGCCCAGUCGAAUACACUAUCGAGGGAGACAAGAAAGUGCUCCGUAAAUUGGACAUAUGGGUUUGUAUACCGAAGUUCAUCGUGUAUACCCUGGUUCACCUCGACAAAAGUGCUUUAUCUUACGCUGCAGUCUUCGAUCUGAAGAAAGAAGCUCACUUGGUUGGCAAGCAAUACUCGUGGCUGGGGUCUAUUAUAUAUCUCAUGCAAUUGUUGGUCCAACCGAUCUCCGCUUAUGCGUUGGUCAAGCUACCCAUCGCCUGGUGGGUAGUGGGAAACGUCCUUUGCUGGGGUAUAUCCCUAUGCGCGAUGGCAGCUUGUCAUAAUUUCGCUGGUCUAUUGGCUACUCGUGCUUUGCUGGGAGCGUUCGAGGCUACGAUCAGUCCGUCAUUCAUUGCUAUGACACAGCUGUUCUGGCAAAGAAGAGAACAGACUUAUCGUAAUACCGCAUGGCUCAUGUCCAGCUCCAUCGCCGGUAUCAUUGGACCUAUCUUGACUUAUGCUAUCGGGCAUGUCAAGUCUGGUAUUCAACCUUGGCAAGGUAUUUUCCUGUUUUUAGGUUGUAUCACCAUUGCAUUGUGUCCUCUCAUCUUCUGGAUGAUGCCGAAUGAUAUAUCAUCCGCCAAGUUCUUGACCCAGAAGGAAAAGGUUAUCGCUGUCGAGAGAUUAAGAGAUAACAACACAGGUACUAAGACCUCUAAAUGGAAAUGGGAACAAUUCCGAGAAACUCUACUCGAUCCCAAAACUUGGGGAUGGGGACUAAUGCUCACUUGCAUGGCCAUCCCAAGCUCUGGAAUUGGUACAUUCGGCACAUUGAUCACUAAAGGCUUUGGUUUCAAUUCAUUCGAUACUAUCCUGUUCCAGAUCCCACCAAACGUUUUGACCCUGAUCUUCUUACUCGCGGGCACUUGGACGAUGAACAAAAUUAGAUUGAGAUUCCCAGUCGUUGCCUUCUUCGUACUCUUCCCCAUUGCUGGGGCAGCAUCUUUGCUUUAA